UCGUGCUCCUUUCUGUUUCUUCUUUCCUUUGCCUUUGGCCGCGUCCAACCUUUUCCCUACCAUUCACGCGUUUCCUACUCGCAGAUCUCAUCAUUCGCCACCAAACCCAAUUCCUCCUCGCUUUCCCAUCUGGUUUCUCCGAGCCCCUCAUGCCGUUGCCCCCCUCUUCUUGCUGUUCCUUACUUACUUGACCUGGCGAAUGGAGCCUCCUUUGCUUCGGAGGCUUCUCAUGCUACUGGUUUCUGUUUCCUGGCUGCUGCUCGCCCACGGUAGUGCAGCGAUCGGAGACUUGGAAGAUGGUGACGCUGGGAGGUGGAGUACCAGCAGUAUACAGCCUGCUUCUCAUCUUGGCAGAAACUUCAGAAAUGUGCAUACUAGAAGAUUACUGCAGAAACUUGCUGCAUUUCCCCAACCACCUACACACACUCCUGUUCACAAGAAGCACAAGUCGCAUAGAAGAUCACAAGUACUGACACCAGUGCCUGCUCCAACACCCUCGCCGUUCAUUGCUCCGCCUAAAGCCUCACCAGCACCAUCUGCUUCCGCACCGGCUAUAUCUCCGUUAGGAUCUCAUCCAUUGGCAUCCCCUCCACAUCCGCUUAGCCCUUUGCCUUCCACCCCACAGGCAAAUCAUGAUCCUGAAGCUGAUCCUCCAGUUCACUCUCUGCAUAAGCAUUCAUUGAGAAACUACGGUUUGGUCACUGCAGGGAGUGCAGUUUUUCUUGUCAUGGCAGCAGCUUCUGUUAUGUACUGUCGAGCUAAGAAAGUGGGUACGGUAAGGCCGUGGGCUACAGGGUUAAGCGGCCAACUGCAACGAGCAUUUGUAACAGGCGUACCUGCGUUGAAACGAUCAGAGCUGGAAGCAGCCUGUGAGGAUUUUAGCAAUAUAAUUGGUGCUACGUCUAGUUGCAUGCUGUACAAGGGAACCUUAUCGAGUGGAGUUGAAAUAGCAGUUGUGUCAAGCUCAAUAAUAUCUGUGAAGGAUUGGUCAAAAGAAUGUGAAUCCCACUACAGGAAAAAGAUCACAAGUUUAUCCAAAGUUAGCCAUAAAAAUUUCAUGAAUCUACUUGGCUAUUGUGAGGAAGAUCAUUCUUUUAUCAGAGCAAUGGUUUUUGAAUAUGCUCCAAAUGGAACACUUUUUGAGCAUCUGCAUGUUAGAGAAGCUGAGAAUUUGGACUGGACGGCACGGCUUAGGAUAUCGAUGGGGAUAGCUUACUGUCUAGAGCACAUGCAUCAGCUGAAUCCACCAGUUGUCCCAAGGAACUUCGACUCUAGUACUAUAUACCUCACUGAUGAUUUUGCUGCAAAGGUUUCAGACCUUGAUUUUUGGAGUGACACCAAGGGAUACAGUUCCAAUUCAGGCACUGAUGACUCCACAAUUUCAGACAUAGAUAGCAUGGUGCAUCAGUAUGGUAUGAUAUUGCUGGAGAUAUUAACUGGAAAACUUCCCAUAUCUGAGGAAGACGGGUCACUGGAACAGUGGGCAUCUCGCUACUUUGAUGGCAAUAUGCCUCUUGCAGAGCUGAUUGACUCAAGCCUCAGUUCGUUCCCUGAAGAACCUGCGCGUGCAUUGUGCGAGGUUGCGAGAUCCUGCAUCGACUCAGAUCCAAAGAAGAGACCACAGAUGGCGCAAGUAGCUGCUCGGAUGAAGGAGAUCACCGCGCUGGGGCCUGAGAAAGCGACUCCAAAGGUGUCGCCGCUGUGGUGGGCGGAGCUCGAGAUCAUGUCUUCUGAAGCUAGUUGAUGGUGAAACAAAACAACCAUGUGCAGAAAUUCAUUCGCCUUUGUGAUUAGAAAUUCUUUCGUUUGUUAUGUGGUUGCUAAGCUUGAGAAGUUACUUGUGGAGUUUAUUUGGUGGUAGCGCUGUAAGGCGUGCAAGCAAACUUGCGAAAGUGAAGGGAAGGGUGUGUGUCUGUCAUACUUGGUUGGUUUGAUUUAUUGGACCAGGCAUGUGCAUUUGGUUUGAUUUCUUUAAGAAUUGAAGGCAAGGUGAGUUGAA